CGGACUUUAAAUAGAGGCUGCAGAAGAGAGCGCACAUAACGGACUGAAAAGCUCUGAGGCAUAAGCAGGACAUCACUUUAAAACAAGCGAACAUUUAAUAUAUAUAUAUAUUUUUUAUAUAGCAUUUUAUUAAUUGAACUCUUCUUGUUUGGAUACCAUGGCCAACUCCGGACUGCAGCUCCUCGGCUUCUUCCUGACACUAGUCGGUCUAGGUGCCACUCUUGGAGCUACUCUUAUGGUUGAAUGGAAGAAGGAGGGAAAGACAAGCUACAUCUAUGAGGGCUUGUGGUCUAGCUGCCACGAGAGUGGCCACGAUACACUAUCCUGUGAAUCUCACCAUUCCGUCCUGGAGCUGCACAUUGAGUUCCUGGUUACCAGGGUGGUGAUGCUGUUAAGCAUCUUGGUCUCCUCUGUGGCGUUGUUGAUCUCCAUAGUGGGAAUGAAGUGCACCCACUUCAUGGAUGGCAGGCCAAAGGGCAAAUCUGCCACAGCUAUGGCCGGAGGCAUCUUGUUCAUGAUUGCAGGUUUAAUGACCAUCUCAGUUACUUCCUGGUUUGUCACAAAGAUUGUAAAGGAGUUCCAUCAUUCUCAUCGCCUGGAAAGCUUUGAGUUUGGUGUCGCGGUGUAUGUCAGCUGGGCUGGUGGCCUCCUCACUAUGGCUGGUGGUGCUCUACUUAGCUGUCGGAGAUGCUGGCGGACCAGAGAGAGUGAAUCCAUAAGUGGAAACUGCCUCUUCCCUCCUUCCAACCAAAACUCUAACUACGUCUAGUGGAGGAGAGCUGGGGAAGGCCCAGGAGAGGCCUCGAUACACUCAGUCCAGCAGUGAAAUUAAAAACUGGAGCACGUGGUUGUUUCCACGAUGAGGAAAUGUCCCACUGCAAAAUUAUAAAUACUACACACUGAUCAUCAAGACAGUAACCAGGAUCAGUAUGACACACCAGACCAGACUGUGUUUGAUAAGCUUGAGUCCCAUUUUUCAGAUUCAUUUGUGUGUUUGUUGGGUGCAGUUGCUGCAGCAAUUUCUACUGCCUUCAGUUGUUUUGUUUUUUAAAUAUAAAUUAGGAUUGCAUUUUCAAAUUACUUCAGUUUACACGCGAUGAACUUUGCCAGGCUGUUUGUAUGUAAGUAUGAAAUCAUGCAUUCACUCCUUACACAUAGGAACAAAGAACAUUUGUUCUAUAAUGAUAGUUUACAGUACUUGACUCACUGGAGCAAAACUUUUUCAAUGUAUGUUGGUGCACAAGUCAUUCCCUUUGCCUCCUCUGUUGAACACUGGUGUUAAUAUAAAUUUGUUUGUAUGUUGUUAAUUGUAUGACGUACGUUUUUUUUUUUUCUUGUAUUGUCAUAUAAUUUGUUUGUAUUGUUGUGUGUCAGUUUGAAAGAUGUUUGUAGAUUUUGAGAAGGAAAAUAAAAUUAAUUUGUAUUCAA